AUGGUCUUUUAUGCAUUACUAUGGUACUUUCUACUUAAAGUCAACAGCUUGACGAUGGAAAGAAUUCCUUCCACAAGUACUCCUCCAGAAGCAAGAUCUUUAUGUGUCAUGGAAACUUUUCCAGACCUUAACGUAACUAUUGUUUUUGGUGGCUACUCAGAUCCCAGGAAUGCUUUUAAUGACCUAUGAAGCUUCGACUUGCAAAGAAAAGCCUGAAGCCAGCUUGCUGCUUCCAAUGAUAUUUACCCUAGUAACUUUUAUUUAGCUUCUCGCUAUAACGGAGGCUCAUUCACAAGUUGAAGUGAGCAGUACUUCUAUAUUUUUGGUGGAAUGUCUGUAUCUGGCCCAUUAAAUGACUUGUGAAGAUUCCAAGUAGAUGGGUUUUUAUGAACCCAAAUAAUCACAUAUGGGGAUAUUCCUUCUCCUCGUCUAAAAUUUGGAUAUACAGCUUUCACUCAAGAUGAUAUUUUAAAAUUCGCAGUAUUCGGAGGGUUGACUAUGAAAGGAGAUGACAAUGGUCUUUAACAAAUAAAUAAGCUUAAAUUGUAUUUUAAAGGAACCUUUUAUUUAUUUAAUUUAUAUAAAUCAAAACUAAUUGACUGAAAAAACAACCCUAUCCUCAAAGAUAAAUUUCCUUAAUUCAACUGAAAAACUGUCAAAAAGAUAUAUUUGUAA